UUAGAAACUGUUAAAAACUAAUUAAUUUAGAUUAAAAAAACAUAAGAUAUUAUGUGUGUGUCGAAUUUAAAGCAUAACAGUUUUACUAAACAAUUAACAGCAAUUUCUGGCGGGGUGAGUUGUAAAUACUGCAAGAGCAGUGAAAGCUUUCGGGAUGUUUCGAGGUUCCAGAGGAACCCCUUUAGCACACAUCCUCAUGAAGAAUAUAACUGCGACUUCUGGACAGACUAAAUCAUACGAACCGCCAACUAUCUCAAAUCCACCUAGUAAAGAUGUCUUGUACCAAAAAGGGAAGAGUACAUUUAAACGUGGUUAUGCUGCCAAACCAACAGCUUCACCUAAAAUGCUGAUUGAUAAAUACAAGCAAGGGGAGACGAACGCUGUGACUUUGCUCCAUCAGCUUGCCCAGAUUUUGCAGUUCCACCUGGAAAUCAAGGAGACGGUGACUAUAGGCAACAUAUCAGGGCUUUAUUUUGCCUUUUGUGUGGUGAUUGAUGGGGUCGAGUACAAGACUGGCAUGGGAAUAACAAAGAAGGAGGCUCGGCUCAAAGCCGCGCAGCUCGCUCUGCCAGACCUGCUGCCCACCUUGGAAAGUCUGAGGUCUGCCCUCCCUGAAACAUCAGGUGUCCCUCCACCACUGCCAGUAAAAGAGGAGCCCUCCAUCUCUGUCAUACAUCCUCGUAGAGCCAUUCAUGAAAGUUCCGUCAACCUCCAGAUUCCACACGCUGUCAGGGAUCAGCUCACUAAACUGAUGAACAGCCACCCAGAGUUCUCUGCCUGUGCAGGCACCUCCGCAGCAUUCGUCCUUCAGACUUCCAGCGGAUAUGAGGUGGUCGCUCUAGGCACGGGGAACUUCAAUACCAACGAGAGUACCUCGUCGAGUGGACGCAUUGUACACGAUUCACAUGCCGUGGUAACUGCAAGGAGAUCACUCAUGAGGUUUCUCUAUCGGCACCUGCUGAUGUUCUUCAGCAAAACGGCCAAUCUGACGGAGAAGUCAAUCUUCCAGCAGAACAGCAGCAGCGGCCUCCUCAGCCUGAAGAGCGGCAUCACCCUCCACCUCUAUGUGAACCAACUGCCAAAGGGUGCCGCUCAGAUCUCUUCCAAUAUGCGCCUGAAACCGCUUUCUAUUUCUGCAUGGCAAGUCAACAACGAGAUGAGCCUGCACCUGUCAGUGGAGGGAAAGGUGUUCUCAGUUUUCUCGUCAGUCUUUGAUCACUCUGCCUCUAAGGUGGUCAGCAUGUCCACCACAGACAAGCUUACUCAGUGGCAGGUGCUCGGGUACCAGGGAGCCUUGCUCAGCCACUUCAUUGAGCCCAUCUAUGUCCAAAGCAUCCUCAUAGGGGACAUUGGCUGCAGCGAUAUUCGUGGCAUGAACAUCUCAGUUAGCCAGCGCGUGGAGGGGAUCACCCCCCAGCUGCCCAUGUUCUACUGCAUGUUGAGGCCCCACAUCAGCCUGGUCCCUUCUGUGGCUACCAACAGCACCGACGGAUACCAAUUCACCUACGGUAUCAACUGGAGUGAAGGAGACACCUCCCUGGAGGUUGUGGAUGGCCUGGAGGGCAAGACCGUCGAGGAAUCUCCCUUUAAGAGCGGCUCUGCUCUUGCAAGCCGUCUGUGCAAAGCAGCGAUGCUGCACCGCUUCAAGCUGGUGGCCAAAGAGGCCCAGAGGCAGGAGCUGCUGGCCACGAGCUCCUACAGAGAAGCAAAGAGGAUGGCAAAGCCGUACCAGGAGGCAAAGAACGUGCUGAGGGCGUACCUGUUGCAGCAGGGCUUUGGUUCCUGGCCGCUCAAGGUUUCUGUGAGUGAAAACUUCAGCAUGUGAAUAACACACAUUAUCACCGGGAAGAAUCUGCAUUCUGGAAGCAAUAGUGUUCCCCUCUUCUUUACCUUGCUGGUAAUACGUUUGUUUUGUGAUUUCUAAAGGGAUUAAAGUGAAUCCCUGUUUAUGUUUUACAAUGUGUGUAAAGGAAGGGACCAUGUACAAUGUAAGAUCAUAACUUGCGUGUUUAACUUCUGCCUUUACGGUCCUGUGGGAUGUUAAGUAUGACGAGUAAGUUAUGGUUGUUACAUAAAAGACUGGAGUUCGGCUUCACUAAAGUUACUGUUUGUGUUUUCAUCUCUUGAGGAAAAUAAUCACAUACUUGACUCAUCACUUGAUAAUGUGUGUGGUUUGAGCCUUAGUAAGCCACGGCUAAUGCAAUGAUGUAAAAAUAAAUCAAUCCAACCUCAUAAUUACC